UGUUCCUCUGAGAAUUGGAAAGCUGGUGUCAUGGUUUACUGCAGCUGAUACUACAUAAUUUGUGUCUGUCUAUGUGUGUGUGUGUGUGUGUGUUCAGCUCGGAUGUGGAGGAUACAGCAGGAGCUGGAAGACAGGGGCAGCUACUGUAUUGUACGCUGCAUAGUAAACACCCAUCUCAUUAUCUAAUCCAAAGGGACAGGAUGUGGCCGACUCUCCUUUCCGGUUGCGCCGCUGCCGCUGCUCUGCUGUACGCUCUGUACAGAUGGGUCAUCCCCGCCGUCGUGCAGUACCACGCAGGGCUGGCGCUCAUUUGGCACGACACCAUCGAGGAGGGAUUGCUGAAUGCACUGACCCAGACCACGCGUCCUCAGCGGAUCUUGGCUGCAGUGCAGAAGAACGCCACAAGAGGACACCCUCGCAGCGUGGUCAAAGCCAUCGAUCAGUUCUGCAGACACAAGGAGUGGGCCAUGAAUGUGGGGGAUGAGAAAGGGUGCAUUCUUGACUCCGUGGUGACCGAAGUAAACCCAGCAACGGUGCUGGAGCUGGGAACUUACUGCGGCUACUCCACCGUGCGCAUCGCCAGCCUGCUGCCUUCUCACGCCAAGCUCAUCACCCUGGAGUUUGACCCAGGCAACGCCGCAAUAGCUCGCCAGGUGAUUGCUUGGGCAGGGCUGGCAGAUAAGAUCCAGUUAGUUGAAGGAGCAUCCGGUGACUGGAUCCCCAAACUAAAGGAGAAGUUUGGGAUAGAAACGUUUGAUUUGGUUUUCUUGGAUCACUGGAAAGAUCGCUACCUUCCUGACACAAAGCUGAUGGAGGAGUGUGGCCUCCUCAGGAAGGGCAGCAUCCUGUUGGCGGAUAACGUCAUCUGCCCUGGAACCCCCGACUACCUUGAGUACAUUCGGAACAGCCCCCGCUAUAAAAGCCAGUACUUCAAAUCUCACCUGGAGUACACCAAAGUGGAAGAUGGCUUGGAGAAAUCGGUUUUCCUAGGGUAGAUAUUCAAUAAAAGAGCCUCGUGUUUUACACCUUAGACCCCCCUUUUUUUUUAUUUUGGGAUCACCGACCAGAAUUAGAAAUUCCUUCUCUUUUUCUAAUCUAAUGAAUAUGUUAACUUGAAAAUAAAAGUAACAUGAAAUAAAAA